AUGGCGGCGAACACAGAACAAUCCACUCUCCCAAUGGACGUUGCCCCCCUAGCCAACAUGACUCAACCUACUAUCCCUCAUCUCACAACGUUCCACAUAUUUUCAAAGCUCCCGCAGGAAAUUCAGGACAAGAUUUGGGCCUGUGCUAUUGACGUGGAUAGUCCACGUGCAUACAAUGUUGGCUUCACAGCCACAAGGGUCGCGCCAGGCUCCACGACUAUCCGAUGGGGUCUACGAAAGAUACGCCAGCAACAUGUCCCACAGAUUGGAUCGAAUGAAACUACCCGGAACGUCAUGUCAACUGGGCUCGCUGGAGCUGGCGUUGCUAAGCUGGAGUGGAGACUUUGGCAACCACAACUGCCCUUCAGGCUAGAGGACCGCUCCAAUGUGGGCGAUCCCAUGUCGCUUGCGAAAGCAGAGUCGCCCACGGCUCGACGGAUCAAGGUGGAUGCUGCAAAGGACCUGAUGGUCAUACCCAACAUUGGCAGAUCGAAGAAAGAUGACACAAUUACCGAAAUCUACCUUCCUCACGAGCUGGUAGCGCAUCAUUCCGACUGCCCGCUGCCCGGCGCGCCUGGUGAGCUCACGUACAGGCUGAAGAACAUGCUUCCACUGUGCCCGGACAUUCGCGUUCUAUACAUCAUCAUACACAAUUUCCAAAGUGCGCAGUCAAAGCCGUUGUUGGAAGAUUUUGCGGCCACCGCCGGUCAUAUCCUUGACUGGUACAAGCGGGAACUCCAGGUUCUCGAGCCACAGACUUCUUCGACCACCUAUCCCUUGGGGGACCGUAUCUACUAUGAGAUCAAGCCCGAGGACUUCCCCCGCACCGAAGAAUUCAGUCGACUUCUACAGGACAUUUCCGAAGUGAAAGGAUGGCACCGGGGCGAAUACCCCAACCGCCAGCAACGACUGGCUUUCCGCGUCAUGACGUGGCGCUAUGCCUGA